GCGGGGCCUCUACAGCCUGUGUUUGAAGUGACCAUCGGCGCGUCAGAUGACGGGGUCAAGUAUGACACCCUGGUGCUGACCGUGCGCGCCGAGCCGGCCUGGGAUGACGGAAUGGUCAACAAGUUCCUGGUGCAGAUGGACAACGGUUAUGCGGACCACCGAGAUAACAGCUACAUGGACAUACAGCACUUGGCUCAACAGGGGGAGGGGCCGCUCAGUCGUCAUAAGAGAUCAAUCACCCUGCCGUCCAACGUGACCUUUGAUCUGGUCAAGGAAGGUGUUUUCCAGUCUCAGGACACCGUGGGGGUGGGGCACCGGAUCCAGUUCAAACUGGACAUUCUCUUUCCGGCCGGAGACACGGAUAUACAGACAUUCACCCCAGAGUUCAACCUCUCAGGCCCAGACUCGCUGCCAGUAGGAGGUUCCGGCCUCUACACAUUUGAGAUGACCCUACCCUUCGUGAAGAAGAACGUGCAGUUUGAUGUGUUUGCUCCCAUCAACGCUACGGUGUUCCCAGCAGGCACCUAA